CAUUUUUUCCUACUUUAAUAUUUAACAGGAUGUAAAUAGACUAUGAUACACUAUUGGACAGCGGAGUCUCAAACAAACAGCGCAUUUUUCACCUCAAAUACAUCCUUUUAGAAAUGAUUUGGAAAAAAAAGGAAAACAGGGGCUGGUUUAUUUUCAUUGAAGUAACCCGUGUACUUUGAAAAUGACUCACGUCCACUGUCCUCAACUGCUGAAUGCGGAUAUGUUAUGUUCUCUACCAAUGGAGACAAUCGCGGGCUCACACACGGAAACAACAUUUGCGCAAAAAUUGUUCAACACCAUAGUAAAUGGUUCAACUCGAGCAAUACAGGGGCGAAAAAAAGUAUGUUUUAGGUGAGAAGUAGACAACAUCAAUGAAAACGAGACAACGAUUUGAGAUAAUUCCGCGAGUGGUUGAUACAACCCAGCGAAGGAUCAUUUUAAACGUCGGUGGACGAAAGCAUGAAACGUAUUUAAGCACUGUGCGGAAUUACCCGGAUACACGCUUGUACUGGGUUGUGGAAAACGUCACAAAAGCCAUCGACUACGACUCGGAGAAAAUCGAGUUGUUCUUUGACCGUCAUCCCGGAAUCUUUGAGCAGGUUUUGAAUUACUAUCGCACGGGCAAACUACAUUGUCCUCAUGAUGUGUGCGGCCCGCUCUUUGAGGAGGAGCUUGCGUAUUGGGGCAUUGAUGAAAAGGAAAUGGAGCACUGUUGCUGGACGUCCUACAGCCAACACCGUGACGCUGAGCAGAAUUUAAAAAGUUUUAAUGUGCACGAGGGUGACCAAGAUCAGGACACAGAUCUAGAGAGUGACCGAUUAGAGGACACAACACCGGCACGAGACUGUGGUCGUUUCACCUGGUGGACUAAAUACCAGCCGAAAAUAUGGCCAAUUCUAGAGGAGCCUCACUCUUCCAAAGCUGCAAAGGUAUUCUCGAUAAUUUCCGUGGCCUUGAUCCUGCUGUCCGUGGGCACAUCGUGUGCUUUGACUCUUCCGCAGUUCUCCGAGGGCUACCGAGCUGCCGAAGGUUCUUCGGCCCCUGCUAGAGACGCUACCACAGACACGAUCCUUAACACGAUCGAUUUCUUCUGCGGUAUUUGGUUUACAUUUGAAUUGUUGCUACGGAUAAUCUUUUGUCCCAGAAGGCGUGUCUUCUUCCGAAUGGUGUCGAACUGGAUCGAUAUCCUGUCGGUGAUGCCGUUUUAUCUUCGGAUCCUCGAUCCCGAUGGCGGUUCUCCGAUUGCUGACGCACUGCUCAUGAUCCGCCUUCUACGGCUCUUCCGUUUCUUCCGCUUACUCUACGGCCUACAAAUAUUGCUGCACACCUUAAAAGCCAGCUCUUAUGAACUCGGCUUGCUGUUGUUAAUUCUUUUAAUACCUGUGAUUCUUUUCUCUUCCAUAAUUUACUACAUCGAGCGAACCAUGGAUGGCCCCGACACAAAGUUUCGCUCCAUUCCUGAAUCGUUUUGGUGGUCGCUCAUCACUAUGACGACCGUCGGCUAUGGUGACAUGACUCCAAAAACCUGGGUAGGAAAGAUCAUUGGUGGAGUAUGCGCAAUCUGUGGCCUUCUCGUAGUAGCUCUUCCCAUUUCCAUCAUUGGAAGUAACUUUAAUCUUUAUUAUGCGCACGCUCAAGCGAGGCUUAAACUUCCAAGAAAAAGGAAUAAAGUGUUGUUGAGUUCUAUCACCUCAGAUUUUUCCAAUCGGGGUAAUUUUUCAGGGGUCCGGCGCAGGGGACUACGCAUGCGCAGCCAAGUUGGUCUUGAAACCGGAGAAGAAGAAAACCUAAUAACGAGCAUGCGUAAUAGUAAUUCACCCAGGCAAAAUAGCUAUCCAAAACAGAAUGCUUGCGAAGCAAACUACAACACCAGAACUUGGAGUCUUCCAUCCACUACGUCUGACAACGGUCAAAACAAUGAUGCAAGAACAUCGGCAACUACCACAAGACCCACCAGAGAACGAAAAUUUAGCCGCAAUGAAAGGGUCAUUUUAAAACUUGGAGAUCUCCCUGAAAAGGACGAAUCGGAAGAAAAUGAUUGUUCCAAUAAUCAGCCGCAAGCUUCCAAGCCAAAUUCUAGCAUAAAUGACAGUUCCAGGAACAGUUUGACUGUUCCAGGUGUCACACGGCUUUCUUCGAAGGAUCGUCUACCCCUGUGGAUAGCGGAAAACGUCAAAUCGUCUCGUAUGCGUUCCUUCAGCGUUCCAACAAGUACGCAUAAGCCAUUCCCUACAGCUCCGCCGCGAAAAACACAAUCACAGAGUUCAGAUCUCUGUGAACGCUGCUCUUUGCCAAGAGAAACAAACAGCUUAUAUGGAAAUGAAAACCAUAAAAGUUCCUCAAUGGAGGUAUGUUGUUGUUCGGACACCAGAGGGAUUGCACAAGAGUCUAGCCGCAAUAAUUCAAUGUACACAAUAUACAUUCCAGGCGUAGACGAAGGAGUGCAGGUGAGUAUGGAAAGUUUGCCAUCUUGGAGCAGAGAACUUCCGUUUAAUGGAGUCUCGCCGGUCCAACUUGAACUUGUUCCUCACUGGAAAACAACCCUGUCAGAUGACGGCAGUGAUCCAGAAAAUAAACGUGAACUGGACGAACGAGAAACACUUGUUAGCGAAUUAGGUGAUAGUCCACCUGCACUUGACAACCCUAGAAGAGAACCUAGCAGAGAACGUCCUCUUCUAUUUAUAGACAUGCCAAAGAAACCUGAUAAACAUACUGACAACGAAACAUCGAUUUGAGAUUAACCUGUUUAGUAGGUUGAAUCCGAGUGAGCUAAAAAUAAAACACACCCACAAUCUUGGAUAUAAUGUUUUAAGACUCAGGUGAAAGACUGUAUGAUUUGGUGCUUUUUCAAGAAAACAUUCAAGAAAAAUAGUUUCCCCAUCCCCGUUUCAAUGUUGACAAGGCUACCAAACCAUCUGGCAUCUGCCACGCAAAAAGUAUCGAUAAUUGGCGUGAAUGAUAUACAAAUAGUGAGCUAAAACGUUCUAUUUUCAAGUACAUUUGAUACAUGGCAGUUAAGAGACGUUUCUCAUCAGCUUUGUCUAACAUUGUAGCCCGUUGUAAACAGUGCCGUAUCCAAAAUAAAAUUAUCACCUAGGCAAUGUCCAUGAAAUAUUAUGACUGAGGCAA